AUGGGGAACAAGCAAGCCAAGCCGACGGCGCCUCCUGCCAGCGCCUCACGCAGUGCACCACCACCAGCAGCAGCAGCAGCAGCAGCACCAGCAGCAGCAGCACCAGCACCGCCGCCGUCUACUGCACCUGUACCACCAGCGCCGUCGUGCUCUGCUCCUCCUCCGCCCGCGUCGGAUCCAUCGCUGCUCGAGACGAAACUGGCCGAUGUCGACGUGUCGGCGAUCUUUUCGCCGUACGAGAUGCGGUCGAUUCGCAAGCACUUGGCGGCGGUGCUCGGACAGCACGAGAAGGACGCAGUGGUGAUCCCCAAGGACGAGUUCUUCCGCUUCUUGGCAGGCGGAGACAGCAGCACGUCGAGUCUGUAUGCGAAUCGCCUCUACGCGAUCUUUGACAUGGAAAAGAAGGGACAUGUGACGUUUGAGAAUCUCAUGAAGGGGUUGUCGCUGCUGAGUCAAAAGGCGACUCGUGAGCAGAAGCUGAUGCUGUCGUUUUACCUGCUGGAUCCAAAAGGCACGGGAGUCAUUACGAAGAAAAUGACCACGGAACUGCUACGCUCGUGUCUCGAUGAAUGCAACGAGUUGGAGAUCUCGCUGUCGGAGAGUCAGCUGGCCCAUAUCGUGGACAAUACGUUUCUGGACGCCGACUCGGACCACAAUGGAGUCAUUGAUUUGAACGAGUAUCAGGCUCUCGACGCGAAGCACCCGGGACUGUUUGACUUCCUCACCGUGGACGCUUUUGGAGUGCUUAGUCACCUUGAAAAAGUGCACUCGAUGAGCGUCACCGUUCCUCAGUAUUGA